AUGAUGUCUGCUCCUUCCCGCUCAUCAACCGGUACAUACUUCUUCAAGCUCGGCUGGGCGAUAUUCCUGUAUAUAUUCACGUGGUCUACGCUCCAGAUAAGCCUUCGGAGCGUAGCAAAUAAUUUCAAGGUUCCCAGUCUCCAUCAUCCAGGAUCCGGGCGUGAGGAUCUCUGUGCUUGGAUGGAAGCGCUUGAUUUGAUGGAUCUGUGGCGCUAUAUGCACCCGGAUACCCGUGAUUGUACGAGUCCUACCCGCAAGAACCGCCUCGACUAUUGUCUUCUUACCGCUGACUUCGUGCAGGAUCAUCUAGUUGAAUUCUGCCAUGUGAGAGACCGACGAUGGCAUAUUGAAGAUCAUAUCCCAGUUGAGUUUAGACUACAGGCAAAGUUGCUACGUCGGGGACGUCAACCUCCGUGGCGUUGUCCACCGUGGCUGCUCAACGAUCCCUCUGUUCGGGCCUAUCUGACUUUUUCCGUUUCUGAGUCAGGCCGUGGCAUCAAGAUGUUUUCAGUCACAGCGGUCAACGACGCACACGACCUUCUCAACGCGGCUUCGACUGACCAAAGCCUCGCGGCAGUGGAACAGGCAAAGCUGUUACUUCAGACCCACCUUGGUGCAGUCAAGUCUCGGAACCAGUUCAAGAAGUUUGCUGCGGACUUACACGUUAGUAAACGUGCCACUAGCCACUUCUUUCGGUCGCCCCGGCAAGACUGUCUACGAUCUCCGAUUACAGGAAAUCAGGCAGCCGACGGCUCUAUUAGGGACGAUCCGGUUCGGAUUGCGGAAGUCAUCGUCAGCUUUUUUGGGGUCAGCUUUUCCAAUCACUUUCACCGGACCUUUAUGGCUUGCGCACUGCCACUCGUUUACGAUAAUCAGUUGCUUCGCGGUAAGAUGGCCAAGUUCCAACGCCGUGCUCAUCUAUCGUUGCAGUACAAGUCCGGUGAUCGCACGCUGCCUGCUAAUUAUCGGCCGCUAACGCUACUGAAUCACGAUGCUAAGCUUGGACCAAAGUUUCUUGCUUAUCGUAUGCAAACAGUGUUGCCGACUCUCAUCCAUGAAGACCAAAGUGGAUUCAUUCCCGGUCGUUCCAUUCGACACUCGCUGCUUCGCUUUCAGGACCUCCAAAAUUUCUGCAAGUUACACCAUCCUGAUGCCUGCGCCAUACUGUUAGAUUUUGCCAAGGCUUUCGACAGUGUCUUAUGGCCGGCGCUGGACUUGGUUCUCGAUCACUUUGGUUUUUGGUCCAACUUUUUGCGCCUGGAUCGAGACUUUUUACACUCAAACUUCUGUCAGUAUUCUGCUCAAUGGAUCGCUUGCCGUUGUUCGUGUCGCGGCAUUUCAGUGGAUCCUUCUUCGGAACCGCACUUACUUUUAGCUUUUGCGGACGAUUGCACCGGCUUACUGGAGAAUGUGGAUGAUGUUGACGGUUUCCUUCGGUUAGUCGACGACUAUUCUAGCGCGACUAGCCUCCGACUUAACGUUAGUAAAACGUGUGUGAUGCCAAUGUCUCACCACAUUACGCGUUCUAAAUUGGAAGGUCUUCGGGAAACUUCUCCUUUCAAGGUUCUUAGCGUGACGAACACGGUGACACUGCUCGGUAUUCUUCAAGGCGCAACUAUUACCCCUGAUAUGCGCUUCAGUUGGGUCCUGGUGAAGCUUCGAGCGCGGUGUGCAAUUUGGAAGUAUCGGGCGCGUACCCUUCGCGCACUGUUGAAGGCCGUUGCUGUUAUCAUACGUAACUUUAUCCACGGCAACGACACAGCUAGUGACUCGGCGUGUCCAGGAAAAUCCUCCCACGAAUGGAUUUACACCAGUAUUCAGCACGGUAGUCUUGGUCUGACACCGGUGAAGGAGUCUAUUCAGGCCAUGCAUCUAAAGUCCGUUGGGGCGUCACGGUUCCGGGUUCGAUAUCUUGUAUGCUGUGGUCAAGGGUACUUGGCAGCUUCUUCGCCCAUUCUGGUAUUCCACCUCCCUCCGCCUGUGGACUGA